CAUUUGGUACACCACCUCUUAAUUCUUUUGAUUCUCAUGGUGCAUCAUCUUACGGUCCUGAAGGUCAUUCAGUUCAGCAGCAUUCUACAAACAUGGACUAUCAUGUUGAUAAUAGACGACUGGAAUCUAGAGCCUGUGCAAGAUGGACAUUGGAAUCCAUUCCCUUUGGAUUGUGCUCCUCGUGUUGGUGGUCAAGGACAGUUUGACAAAGAUCUUAAACAAUCUCCUAGGUCUUCUCAUUUAGAUGCUGAGCCUGUUCCGAAAUUUGGGAGCUCCUUCUCCUCAUCCAAACCCUUUGAUAGAGGCCCUCAUGGUUAUGGUAUGGAUAUGGGUGCAAGGGCUCAUGAGGAGUCUCAUGGAUUGAAUUUUGAUCCCACGAUCGACUCUGGUCCUUAUUGAUUCCUGCUGCUAUAUUAUCCUAAUGAUGCAGGAGAAAGACCAGUAGGUCUUCCUAAAGAUGCUCUAGGAAGACCUGAUUUUCUUGGACCAGUUCCUAGCUAUGGUAGGCAUCGUAUGGAGGGUUUUGUUUCCAUAAGUCCAGGCAGAGAAUAUCCAGGCAUAUCCCCACAAAGAUUUGGAGGUAUCCUGGUAAUGAGAUAGAUGGCAUGGAACGCCGUUUCAAUGAUAGGUUUUCAGGUUUGCCUAGACAUCUGCAUGGAGGUGGAUUUGAGCGUUCUGAUCACAUGGAGCAUAUGAGGGGUCUUGAUAUAAUUGGUCCAGACAUUCGACCUCCGCAGUUCAGAAAGGGUGAGACUUUGGGUCAUCAUAUCAUGCCUGUCAUUUGCGGAUGGGUGUGCCAAUUGGCUUUGGUGAAUUUUCCAACCAUGAACGAAUGGGAGAUCAAUUUGGUGGGCCUGGAAACUUCCCUCAUCCACGACUUGGUGAGCCAGAAUUUAGAAGUAGCUUUUCAGUUUUCACUUCGAGAGUUUCCGAAUGAUGAUGGAGUCUUAAGUGGUGAUAUGGAUUCAUUCGAAAAUUUGAGAAAGAGAAAACCAGUGAGCACUGGUUGGUACCGCAAUUGUGAAGUGGAUUGUGAAACAGUUGAAGGUUUGGACCUGCAUUCACAAACAAGGGAGCACCAGAAAAUGGCUAUGGAUAUGAUUGUGACCAUCAAACAAAAUGCAAAGAAACAGAACCUAACCUCUGAUGAUCACUCCAUACACAAUGAUUCAAGCAAACCAAAGAAGGCAAAAAUUUUAAGGUCGUUCGAAUAAGCAUGAGUAUUGAUAUGUGUUGUCCCCUUGCUGGUUUGGUAUUUGACACUUAGUGAUUCACCCGUCAAUGCCUCUUUUCUACUUUGGGUCGUGGUCCUGUCAAUUCAGGUUGCUACCAUGCAUGUUAACGGAGAUGGUUUUGGAACUGAAGAUCACCUCGAUAUUCUAGCA